CGUAGUCAGUGCGUCAGUGGCUUUUCCCAGUGAUCUUGAACGCAUCAUCAAAUCCUGCAAACUCGGAAGUUCACCUGCAGUCCACAGCUGUCUCUCCUCCACCCAGGUUCACUCACUGCCCCACCGCAGACCGUCCGGAUUCCUUUACUCACACUUUUCAUGUUUUUUAGUCUCCAAGCCAACAGAAGAAACCCGAGUUGAAUGAUUCGGUGAUGCUGUGUCGCCUGUUCCUGCUCGCCGCUCUGCUGCCAGGCUGCUCCGGAGCAUCCUCGGUGGAGGAUCCGGUGGAGCAUGUCCGGGUCUUUGCCGGCGACGCUGUCCUUCUGCCGUGCAGCUUCAGCAUCCCCGCCAGCGGCGAGCUCCAGACAGUGGAAUGGUCCAAGCAUGGCCUGGAUCGCAACAUUGUCUUCUUGCACCGGGGUGGCUACGAGAUCCCUGAGGAGAAGCAUCCGGACUUCUUGAACAGGACGAGCAUCAUCCCCAAAGAGCUGGAGAAUGGCAACUUCUCGUUGAGGAUCUCCAACGUGCGGCUGGCGGAUGCAGGGACGUACCGAUGCAUGAGGAUGUGGAUGGACGGCCCUCGCAACGUCACAUCGGUGGAGCUCGUUGUGGCUGCCGUUUCUGAGCCCAAACUCUGGGUGACGUCGGCCGAGGGCGGAAACGUGACUCUGCGGUGCGAGGCCAGCUGCUGGCUGCCGGAGCUGCAGAUCGACUUCCUGGACAAACAGGGGAAGUACAUCCAGGCCGAAGGACCCAAAAGGGAUGAAGACGCCCGCGGGUGUUUCACCGUGACACGAAGAGUGACUCUCCAGGCUGCUGCUGCCAACGGGUUCAGGGUCACCUGCAGAGUCCACCAGCCGGAGACCAACCAGACCAGGGAAACGGAGAUCAUCAUACCAGUUGAUGGAGGGUGGUCCUGCAUUCUGACGUCUGCCAUCGCUGUUGGAGCGACCGUUUCACUUCUGUUAGUUGUCUGUCUGGGGAAGAGAUGUGGCAAAUGUGCGGAGGGACAAAAACUCCCGGUGUCCAGACAGCCGUCGGACCAAAGCACAUUUAGUGGCAGCUCUGAGAAUCAGUUGCUGCUGCCCUGCGUCACGAUAGAGGACCUCAGGAUAAAGCUUCGGGAGCAGGAAAAUACAAUCCUCCAGCUACAGAGCCAAAACCAAACUCCUCUAAGUCCGGUUGUUUGCCAGCACGACCGGCAGGUGGUCCUCCAGAACGACCGGCAGGUGGUCCUCCAGAACGACCGGCAGGUGGUCCUCCAGAACGACCGGCAGGUGGUCCUCCAGAACGACCAGGCGGUGGUCCUCCAGAACGACCAGGCGGUGGUCCUCCAGAACGACCGGCAGGUGGUCCUCCAGAACGACCAACCGGUCCUCCUCCACGGUCCUGCAGUAGACAGCUGCCCUCCAAAAUCUGUCGAUGUACGGCAGAAAAACACCCCAAAGCCUGGCGUCAAGCGGCAGAGCAGCGUCCCGUCGCCCAAACCCCCGGUCUACAGGUUCCGUCGGAACCACAGCAGCCCGGAUAUUUUUAAGUUCUUGUCCAGUUCUUCUGCAGUCAGCGCUUCGAAGAAAAAGCUCUCAAGCAUUGGCCGUUCGAAGAGUGAAACAUAUGAGUCGCCUCUUCUGUUCCCCAAGCCUCAGCGCCGACAUUCCUCUGUGUUUCCGUCGUCUAACAACCGCUUCAAACUCCUGGCAGAUGUAACAGAAGAGCCAUCCUACCUCUGUGUUUACAGGCUUGUGGUGAUGGCCUGUCUUCAGAUGAGCCCCGACAGGUCCCAGUUCUUCCGGUACGACUCGGUGACCCUGCGCUGCGAGGACCCGCUCAACUCCACCGGCUGGAAGGUGAAGAGGAAGACGGCGGAGGGCGGGGUCCGGCCCUGCUCCUCCGGCUGGGGCACCGCCUCCUCGGGCUCCACCUGCCUCAUCGGGAACACCUACCCAUCAGACACCGGGGCGUACUGGUGCGAGUCCGCGAGCGGGGAGAGGAGCCUCGGCGUCAACAUCACCAUCACCGAUCGCGCUGUGCUCCUGGAGAGUCCCGGCCUCCCGGUGCCGGAGGGCGCUGCGGUGACGCUGCGCUGUAAAGCAGACGCGCCCUCCCCCGAACACACGUACGAUUUCCAUAAAGACGGCCGCGUCAUCGGCAGCGGCUCCACAGGAGUGAUGACCAUCGACAGCGUUUCCAGAUCUGAUGAAGGACUCUACGCGUGCAGCAUCCCUGGACAGGGAGAGUCACUCGGCAGCUGGAUGGCUGUCGAAGGUUCCUCCAUGUCUUCAUCGCCACCUCCACCCGUAGCCUCCUGUUCGGUGUCUUUCUCCAGGGUGAUGUUCCACCUGCUGCUGGGAACUCCAUACAUGGUGUCCACCGUCCUACUGGGACUCAUAUACAGGGACAGGAGCCGAGCAGCUCGGGCGGUUGCAGAGAGAAGAGGCAGCAACGCUGUCGUCAUGGAAAUAGUUGUGUAGUCCUACCAACUGAUAAAGGUGUCAAAGAAACGCAGCACAUGCACCAUGGGAGAUCCCCUCGACCUCCGGCAUUCAGGCGUAUCAUCUGAUUACAUAGAAAUGUGUUGUUUUCUUUCUAAUCCAAAUCCGAAGACUGAUCUGCAACAUCAACCUUACUUCAUCUGAACUACAUGAGAAAUUAUAAUCCAGUAUUUACACAUUCUGAUGCUAAUAAAGAACAUUUUAUCAA